CGAAUAACGCAAAAUCAAACCGACGAGUCCGCGAAUCGUUACCCGGUCCCGCCAAUCGUUCCCUGACUCGGACUCCCAACUCAGUCCCUACUCCCCGGUUCUCACUCUCUCCACCACUCACUGCUCUCAGCUCCGACGACUCCUCACUCCUCCUCCAAUACUCCACUGUAAAAACUUCACAAAUCCUCCAAAGCUUUCAAACUUUGGAGAAAAAAAAAUUCACCGUAAAUUUCAAACAUUAUCUUAUCGGAGCAGCCAGAUCCGCAUGGCAGCGACGGCUCCGGCGCCGCCGUGGAUCCCCGAAGACGACCUCCUCCUCAAGAACGCCAUCGAGGCAGGUGCUUCUCUGGAAGCGCUUGCCAGAGGAGCGGUGCGAUUCUCCCGCAAAUUCACGGUGAGGGAUUUGCGGGAGCGGUGGCACUCGCUGCUGUAUGAUGCUGACGUGGCGGCGGAGGCGUCGGCACGGAUGCUGGAAUUCGAGGCGUGUAGUUCAAAUGUGGUGCCGUCCAAGUCGAAUAGGUUCAGUCAAUCUAGGGGUUCGAAACGGAAGGGGGAGAGCAUGAGGAAGCAGUAUCAUGCUCUGAAGAAGAGACUGUGUGCUGAUAGUAAUUUCGGUGUUAAUGAUUUCGACAUUAAUUUUCUUGGUGGGCAAGCUAUUGGGAACCAUGGGAGCUUGGAUGCAAAUUGUAUGGUUGGAGGUGGCGUUGAGCCGGUUUUCGAUGGUGGGAGUGUGUUUCAUGGUGGAGAGUGUGUCACGAUUGGAAAUCGUGGUGUAGAUGGAGUUGGGAGGGAAGGUUGCGGUAAUGAGUUUUCGGAUCAGGUGCUUUUAGUGGCGGCGAAUGGAUUGGCAGAGAAUGCUUAUUGCCGGGAUAAUAGUGCUCAUGAAGAUUUAUCCAAUCGUGGGGUUAAUACAAUGGAUUUCGGGAAUUCGUUGGAUGCGGAAGAUAUAGGGGCACAUUUAUGGGAUGUAGCAGCACCGGAAAUGCCAGCCGAGGAGACAUUGGUAAUUGUUAAUGAUGCGGAUGUUGAUGGGGAUAAUAUGGACUCUUCUCAUUAUGAAGUUGGCCAUAAUGAGGCAAUGUUGGUUGAUGGAGAAGGGUGUGAUGAACUGAAUAGGCCAGCAGCGAUAUCGGGAGGUGAUUAUGGAGAUUUGGCAAGUUUUUUAAUUAAUGAUGAGGUCAAUUCGAUUCUGUUGAGUUCUCCCAAAGAUGUUCAUGACGAUGAUGUGCCUGAAUUCUGUGAACCUCAACAGCUAGUUUUAGGCUCAUGUGAGGCUGUUUCAAUGGAUUCGCAUACUGGUGAGAUGGCCGUUUCUGUCGAACAGACAGGUCAUGAUGAUCAGCAAGAUAUUUUAUGUCCGGAUGCCAGUAUGCCAUCAUCAUCUACAUCAAUACCACUCCAUCCUUCUGAGGUUGCUGUUGCUCCUGUGGUGCCAGAUGCUCCAGAGAUGACCGUUGCACCAGAGGCUCAACAAGAAGAGAUGACUUGUUCAUUGAACACUGAGGUUCUUGACAUCCCUUGCAAUGAUGAUAUCUUCUUUCUUACUGCGGUUGUUCAGACUUCCCCGCAACCAAGCUCGAACGAGGCUAUUACUGACCAAAGAAAAUGUGAUCAACAAAUAGAAACAUUGGAGACAAACGCAGAUCUUGCACAGCCUUUUAGUAAAGAAAGUCCAAACCCUACACAUGAUAAAAUUGACCUUGCUGCUGGUCAUUGUGGAUUAGCAGAUGCAACUCUCAACUGUAUCACUAAGGGAUUGCUCAAUGAAGAGGAAAUUAAGGUUCCAGGUAUAGUUGCAGACCUUGCAUCUCUAACUGCAGAGCUAGGUUCUACUAGUAUACCUUUCCCGGAACCACAAACCAGACCCUCAGCACUAGAAUGUGAAGAGUCUGACGAAGAAUCUGAUGACGAUAUUGAUGAUGGAUGGGAUACAGACAUCCCUUGUUUUUCUGAUAUCGAAACAAUGAUACUUGAGAUGGAUUUAUGUCCAGCUGAUGAGGAGGCGGAUAUCAGUAAACGAGUCUCAAAGUAUCAACAUGAGGAUGCUAAAAGGAAAAUAAUAAGGUUGGAACAGUGUGCACAAUCCUCCAUGCAAAGGGCGCUUGCAUCUAAAGGCACACUUGCUGUAUUGUAUGAUCACCAUGUAAAGCAUUAUAUCAAGAAAACUAAGGUGAUAAUUGGUAGAACAACUGAAGAUUAUCAAGUUGAUAUUGAUUUAGGAGAUAACAAAGUAUCUAGGCGGCAGGCUAUUAUACAGAUGGAUGCAGAUGGUUCUUUCUCUUUGAAGAAUCUUGGCAGGAACUCAAUUUUCUUGAAUGGCAGAGAAAUCGCUAACGGGGAGCUUUUAAGUUUUGCUUCCACUAAUUUGAUUGAGAUUAGGGAGAUGGCGUUUGUCUUUGAGAUUAACCACAAAUCUGUGAGACAGUAUCUGGCCAAAAUUGCCACGAAAAUUGAGGGACACGCCAAUGUUGAAUUGGCACCUGAGGGGUUUUCAUAAGUGGAGAAAUGCCAUGACAAUUGACAAGGUGCCUAUCCUAUAUUCUAAUAUUUUAUCCUUGGACUAUAAUUGGUCUGUUAUACUCAGAGGAGCCUCCUCAGUCUGCCUAAUUAGAAAAGGUAUAGGCAUUUUUAGUUUUACAUUAAUUUAUACACAGUGAUCCUUUACUGAAGAGGGAAAAGGACACUAGGAAUUUUUUUUUAAAUCAGAAAUAACAAGUUAAUAAUCUGUAGCAGUAAAUACCAGCUCCAUCUUAAUCUUAG